UAAUUUUUUCUUCAUUUUAACUUUCUCUGUUUGCCUUGUUUGCAAAAUCCCAAACCCCCACGCACCACCAUGGCCCAUGUCUUGGUGCUCCCUUACCCCAUGCAAAGCCACAUUAACCCCAUGCUCCAGUUCGCCAAGCGCCUGGCCAUCAAGGGCCCCCGGACCACCCUCGUCCUCACCCACUUCAUCAUCAACACCGUCGAUGUCGAGGCUGGCCCGGUCCACGUCGAGCCCAUCUCCGACGGCCACGACGAAGGCGGCAUGCAGUCCGCCGUCACCCUCGAAGACUACUUCCAAAAGCUUGACGAGUUCGGCUCCAAGACCCUCGAGGAGCUGAUCCUGGCCCACGAGAACUCUGGCAUUCCCUUCACCUGCAUGAUUUACGACAGCUUUGUGCCUUGGGGUCUCGCGGUGGCCAAGAAGCUCGGCCUACCGGCGAUAGCUUUCUCGACGCAGUCAUGCGCCGUGAGUGCUAUUUACUACUAUGUGAAUGAAGGGAAGCUUGAUGCCCCCGGGGUGCAAGCUAUUGAGUCUUUGGAGGGUUUGCCGCCGAUGGAGAGAUCGGAUUUCCCUUCAUUUGCUUUCAGGAAUGGAUCAUACCCGACCCUCACUGCAUACGCACUGAAUCAGUUCAAGAUGGAGAAGGAUGACUGGGUCCUCUUCAAUUCUUUCGAUGAGUUAGAGAGCGAG